AGUUUACCGUUGCAUUCCUGGUAACUAAGGAGUAAAAAAGUUAACUAUGGGUACGUGUUUGAUAUAACAGUAUCCACAGUUGCGGAAUUACAGGCAUUAAAAGCAACCAGGUCGGGGUUCCAUGAUGGCUACUUAUGGACAUAAUUCGUCAAAAAGAAGCGGCGGGGUUCGGGGGGGCUCGGUUCGAAACUUUCGGACGACGGCGAGCCCGGGAUCGGUUCGCCGCAACACCGUGCUGCCGUCGGUGCUGACGUUCCUGGUGAUCGUGGCAUCUGGGAGCCUGCUGCUCAUGAUCGAGAAAGGACUGCUCAACGGCAUGGAGACACCUCCACCCCGGGGUAGCGGCAAGAGGGUGGAUUUCAUCCAGCAGACAGAGCGACGCGAGCGGGCUGCUGUGGACGUGGAGUCCCAGAUCCUCCAGGAGAUCAGGAACCGCACCAUCAGGACCAUGUGCAGCCAGAAGAACAUGCCCCACGAUUUAUGGUCCCUGGCGCCCCCGCAGAGGAAGACCUUGCUGCAGCACGUGCUGGUGAACGACAAGUACGGCUUCCUCUACUGCUACGUCCCCAAGGUGGCCUGCUCCAACUGGAAAAGGGUCCUUAAGGUCCUAAACGGGGCGCUGGAGAACGUGGAAGUCAAAGGGAAGAUGGACCACCAACAUGACCUUGUCUUUUUGGCCUCCAUGAAACCAGAGGAGAUCCGUUACCGCCUCAAGCACUACUUCAAGUUCAUGUUUGUGCGAGAUCCCAUGGCGCGCCUGCUGUCCGCAUACAGGAACAAGUUUGGAGAGAUCGAGUCCUACCAGAAAAAAUACGGCGUCGAGAUCAUCAAGCGUUACAGGAAGGGCCGCCCGCUUGAUAACUCGCUGAUAACCGGAGAUGACGUCACUUUUGCAGAGUUUGUCCAUUACCUGCUGGAUGAGGAUGCGGAGCACAUGAACGAGCACUGGAUGCCAAUGUACAACCUAUGUCAGCCUUGCGCGCUCACCUACGACUUCAUCGGCUCGUACGAACACCUGGAAAUGGAUGCCGAGUUUGUGCUCCAGCAAAUCGGGGCUCCAGCGCACGUGCGCUUUCCAGAGAGACAGUCGUGGUACAAGCCCGUCACCCCAGAGACGAUACAGUACUACCUGUGCAGCCUUCCACAGAAGCUGCUGAGGGAACUUCUUCCAAAGUACAUCUUAGACUUCUCCCUCUUCACGUAUGCCCUCCCAAACAUAAACACUCAGUAUUGCCGGCAUUAA